GGUUCGUUGGAUCGAAGGGAGUGAUAUCGGUGGGAAUCUCAGGAAGAGAGCCAAAGCCACCAGCAUCGACAUGGAGUCGUACAACGUCACUCAGGCCAUGGUAAACGACACACAUCUCAUCAUCCCCGACGCAGCGCACUACAUCAUUGUCAUUCUCUACGCCUCGGCCACCGGCUUGUCACUGAGUGGCAACUUGCUGGUCAUCUGGGUCUUGAGCAUGGGCUGCAGGACCAGAACAGAUAUCACCGUGUUUCUCAUCAACCUAGCCGUGGCUGACCUCACCAUGGGCAUCUUCUGCAUCCCCCUCACCUUCACGGAGGUCCUCCUUCAGAGGUGGCUCUUUGGAGAAUUGCUCUGCCCUCUGGUCCGGUUUGCACAAUUUGGAGACACAGGCACUUCAGCCCACUCCACCGAUUCCCCGCUGGCCAUCGUACACUAG